AUGAGAGGAAAUGAUGGCAUAUUGUAUGAGGCUGAAGACUCAGCUCUUGGCCCAGCAACAUUUAAUGUAACCAGUACACAGAAAUGGGCUGUUAGCAAUGCGGGUUUUCCUGAUAAUUUGAAUCAAUCAUUUGUGGAAACCACCCUUACGCAAGUCUCUGGUGCAGAUUUGACACCAGAGCUUUUUGAGACUUCAAGAGUGUCCCCAGGUUCACUGAGAUACUAUGGCCUGGGUCUUCAGAAUGGACCUUAUACUGUAACAUUGCAAUUUGCAGAAACGGUUUUUGCUAGCCGUGAUACACAAACUUCACAAAGUCUAGGAAGGUGUGUAUUUGAUAUCUAUAUUCAAGGAAACCUCAGAAGGAAGGACUUCGACAUAUCGAAGGAGGCAGGUGGGGUUAACAGAGCAGUUGCGAGACCCUUCAAGGUUAAUGUGACAGAGAAUUACCUAGAUAUUCAUCUGUUCUGGGCUGGUAAGGCAACAUGUUGCAUACCUGAACAAGGUGAUUACGGCCUGCUAAUAUUGGCUGUUCAUGCUGCUUCAGAUCUUCUAGGAUUAGAUCCCCGACCAAAUACUUACAGUUAUGCUGAGUUGAGAGCUGCAACAGAAGAUUUUAAUCCUUCAAAUAAGCUAGGAGAGGGAGGAUAUGGACCUGUUUAUAAGGGUACACUUUCUGAUGGGAGGGUAGUGGCUGUGAAGCAACUUUCAGUAGCAUCUCACCAAGGGAAGAGUCAAUUUGUAACCGAGAUUGCUACGAUAUCUGCAGUCCAACAUAACAAUCUAGUGAAAUUGUAUGGAUGCUGCAUUGAAGGAAGCCACCGUAUUUGGUUUAUGAGUAUCUUGAAAACAAGAGCCUUGAUCAGGCACUUUUUGUCCCUUCCAGAUUCAAUAGCAGGACUUGAGAAACUCGAGCAGCUCCAUGUUUCGUCUUAUCUUUUAGUUUCCUUGCCCAACUCCGUUGGAUUGUUGCUUAACCUGAGGAUCCUCAAUGUGUCAGGAAACAAGCUGGAUGCCCUUCCUGAAAGCAUUGCUCGUUGUAGGCUCUCAAUCCACUUGAAUAAAAUCCGUUCCCUUCCUCCAUCCAUCUGUGAAAUGAGGUCACUGAGAUAUCUAGAUGUUCAUUUCAAUGAGCUUCGUGGGCUGCCAUAUGCAAUUGGGAGACUGACGACUCAUGAGAUCAUCAACCAUGGAGUGCCUGAGGAGUUAUGUUAUAGAAUGAUGGCUGCCAUGACCCAGUUCUUCAAAUUGCCUGCCGAAGAAAGAGCACAAUACUUUACCACAGAUCACUCCAAGCCGAUAAAGCUUUUCAACUACUACCUCAAGCUUGAAGGUGAUCAACAUCAAAAGGUCACUAUGUGGAGUGAAACCUUCUCUCAUCUCUGGGAACCUCUCAAUUCUUUGCCUGAAAUCCUCCCCAAUACCGGGCUUGGCCCAGAGGAGGACUGCUUACAGAAGAAAUUGGGUGAGAAUCCUACUCAAAAAGCACAAGGAAACUACUAUCCACCAUGUCCUGACCCUGACCUCACACUUGGACUAUCUGUCCAUAGUGAUCUCAAUGCACUCACAAUACUUAGGCAAACAGAGGGAGUGACUGGCCUUCAAGUACUGAUCAAAGAUGAGAAAUGGGUUGCUGUUGAUCCUCUCCCAAGUGCCUCUGUUAUCAAUCUAGCAAUUCAAGGACAAGUCAUAAUUUCCGUCAAUUUCUUUCACGAUGUCACCUCCAUGUGUACCUCACGUAGAGGAGUUUUGAGUAAUGGAAGGUAUAAGAGCGUGCACCACAGGGCAGUGACCAACAAAGUUGAGCCAAGGUUGUCAAUAGCAAUGCUCUAUGGACCCAGCAACACGGUGAUUGGUCCAAUUGAGGAUUUGAUUGACGAGGAACACCCUCCAUUGUACCGGAGCUAUAAGUAUGCAGAGGUUUUUUUGAAGAAUUCUACAAGCAAGAAGGAAAAAGAAGAUUGGUGA